CAUGGACAACAAUAAUCGUAAUAUGUUCUCAACACUCACAAGCUCUCGUCUUGUGCUUAUUGUCAAUUAUUUGCCUUUCAAAGAAGCAUUAAGGACAAGCAUCCUAUCUAAGCAAUGGCGCAAUGUUUGGCGUGAGACAACAAACUUAGAGUUUCAUGAGAAAUUCUUUAUUGAUCUUGAAGAAAUUGAUAAGAAGAACCAGAGGAUAGAAGAAGAUGAUGCUAAGAAACAUCUAGCAAUCGUUGAAUUGCCUUUCCAGGUUUAUCAACAUCGUGAAAUGGUAGAGGCUGAUCUUGACUUUGGAAUGGAGCUUGAAUUUGAUAUACUUGGUUCACUUCUUAACGAUUUCUUGCAAAAGUUUUAUGCUGCUAAAGUUUUGACUAUAAUCCGUGAACACUGCACACACCAUUUGAAUCGGAAAUUGCAAUUGUGUCAUAGUUUUUGGAACUCAAAAUUUUAUGUGGUAGUGCAGGUUGUUUCCUUAGGAGAAGAAACAUUUAGUUUGCAAGCUUCGCUUGAUGUCCGCGAUCUGAUUCUGAAAACUGCAAUGCACUCCUGUGAAUUUUAUGGAAUUAGGUUCAUGUUUAGGAGUUGUCCAAAACUUGAGACCCUUACUUUUGACAUAGGCCCUGCAAAAAUUUUCUCUUUGGGUACUUACACAAUUUGA